GGUGGGGGGGGUUAAAAUUUAGCCUUUGUUAAUGUUAAUCUUAAGGCUAAGGCUAAUGCUAAUGGUGAUGGUAAUGGUAAUGUGAGAAUGAAUGCCAAUAACAAAGGCUAAGGCUGAGGCAGAGGCAUUGGCAUUGGAGCAGAGGCUGACAUUAUUGUUUGGUCCAACAUUCAUGGCUGUCAUGUAAAUCUAAUCUGAUUUUGCAGUGACCUUGAUUGUACCUUGUCUAUGACAGUUGUUCAGUCAACACCCAAAUUUGUUAUAUCAAUGGCUGUUGAGCUUGUAAGGGAACUGUUUUGCAGCCUUUGAUAGUGGUGUUCUCUAAGCCUUAAAGGUCUGGAUCCAGCGAAAUGGAUGCAUAUGAAGCUACCAGGAUUGUGUUCUCUAGGAUCAAGAGCCUAGAGCCAGAAAACGUAUCGAAAAUUAUGGGAUACUUGUUGUUACAGGACCAUGGUGAACAGGAAAUGAUUAGGUUGGCUUUCAGCCCGGAGUCUUUGAUUCAGUCCUUGAUUGUUAAGGUCAAGAAAGACCUUGGUUUAGUACAGCAGCAAGGAUCUCCUUCAGUUCAAUCAUAUCUAUCCAGAAUUAAUCGUCAAAAUCUGCCUCUACAGCCUCUACAGAUAUCCCAGGUUUCCUCCAGGGUUUUCUCUUCUCCAAACGCCCUCUCACCUCAUGCACCUCCAUGGGGAUCCUCUCAUAUUAAUUCUCCACAGACCAGGACCCUGCCAAACAAUUUUCAUGUACACCCCAAUGAGUUACACCCUAAUACUUCUACCACAAGUAGUGUUAGUGUUACUUCUACUGCUAGUAAUAGUAAUAGUACUAAUAAUGGGUACCUUAAUUUCAGCCUACCAGAUCAGGUUAACAAGCUUCCAUUGAUCUAUAACAUGGAGCAUCCUCCUGCCCUUGCAGAUUCAGAGUUUCCGUUGCAAGAUCAGCUUUCAUAUCUCACUGAUUCUUCAGACUCUCCCAAUUCUCAUGGCAAUUAUCUUAGCUAUCCAGAUAUGCUAGCCUAUUACAGUGGGAACCAGCUUUUGAGCAUGGAUCAUAUGAACCAGACAACUAGCAAUGGUGUUGGACCUAAACGGCUUAGUUCAAUUGCUGAUAUUUGCAAUAUCAGUGGUGGUACUCCAGAUACAGCAGCUGGAUCCACUUUCGCUUGGAAGCCAUGCAUGUAUUUUGCUCGCGGGUAUUGCAAGAAUGGCCAGAAUUGCAGGUUUCUUCAUGGUGGUAGUACCAGGGGGGAGAUUGAUUUUAGUGAUGAGGUCAUGGGAUCGAGUAAUGGGUCAUUAGAAAAAUUUGAGUUAGAGUUGCAGGAGUUUCUCCGAGGAAGAAGGUCACCAGUUUCUCUACCUCAGUUCUACGGAGAGAGGUUUGGAAAGACUCUCCAAGCUGAAAUUAGCCCAAGAUACAGGAGUGAGCGUGAGCUUGAUCGCAACUUAGCUCCAGCCAAUCCUGGAUCUCGCCAAAUUUACCUGACUUUCCCUGCAGAGAGUACUUUUAAGGAGGAGGAUGUAUCCAAUUAUUUCAGCAUUUUUGGACCAGUGCAGGAUGUGAGGAUUCCUUAUCAGCAGAAGAGAAUGUUUGGCUUUGUGACAUUUGUUUAUCAAGAGACUGUUAAAACAAUUUUAGCUAAAGGAAAUCCUCACUAUGUCUGUGAUGCACGAGUUCUUGUUAAACCAUAUAGAGAAAAAGGAUCCAAAUCUGUUGACAGGAAGUAUUCAAGCUACAUGACUACUCAAAAUAUGGAUAUAAGGGACUGUAAUUUGCAUCUUGGUCCUCCAAGAUUGAUAGAGAGCAGUAACUCAGAUGUAAUGAGAAGACAGUUAGAGGAACAAGAGCUGGAACAAGCCAUAGAACACCAAGCCAGAAGACUUGCAGAGCUACAGCUGGCUGACAGACAGGGACCCCAAAUUCCUGCAACUCCUAAAAACCCCACUCCAAGCCAUGAAAAUCGCCUCCCCAAUGGCCCAAACCAUUCUGAAGAGGAGGCCACAGCUUCAGAAGAUAUCAGCAGCUCUGCAUUAGCAGACCAUUUUGCUUAUCUGCUUCAGGUCUUAGAUAGUGAGCCAGGUUAUGAAGAACGCCCAACACAAAUUGACCACCAUCAGGACAGAUGUCCUAUCCCAAAUGGUGCAAUCAGAAUGUGAAAAUUAGUAGCCAAUUCAAGAUACUUUUAAUUAAACCAAACCAUUGAGACCAUCUGGAGAGACAGAUAUAUCAAAACAUUGAAGAUUUUUAUAGGGAAUAUUUAUGUUAUGUAUUUUUAUGCUAUGAAUACGGAUGUAUACUCAGUACGAAGUGGCAGUAGGACAUUUAAGAAAACAAAAAGAAGACGGGUGAUGUCUGCAACUGUGUUGUCCACUGCAAUGCGUAUUAUUAUAUGAUUUAAAAUGCGGGCAGGCGACGGUCGACCUCAGCAGCGUACCGCCAGCUGUACGUAUUCAUGUCUUCACGGAAAAGUCCAAGACACCGUACAUGUAGCUUUGAAUGAAUUCUGAGAAAGAAGAAAAGGCAGGGCUCUUUGUGAUAUGGGAAGGAGGGCAGGCGGGCAAUUCAUUAUGGAAAACUACCUAUUGUAGUACCAAAUUUACUUAACAAAAAAAGUGUACAGCAAUACACAACCCCACGCCAGAGACACAGAAUUUUAUUAGCUUAUACUUGUAUCCAUUCAGAUUCUAUAUUUCUGGUACGAUGGAAGAAAUUAAAAAAUAUCUCAAAAUCUUAUUUCUUAAAAAGGAUUCACGACUUGUGCACCUAAUUUAGACUACACAAAAUGUUUCUGGACUGGUUUAAAUGAUUCAAAUUAUACUUGACAAGUUAAUCUAA